GACUUGUUAAUGCUCCAAAUGCCUUAGGAUUUGUCAACAACCGUGCAAAGAGGCAGCAAUCUGCCUUACUUCGAACAUAAUACUCCUUAUCACCAUCUGUUAAAACUGGGUUAUUCACAAUGCCCACUGGGAUAUCAAUAGAAUUUGAUAACUCAAAAGCUGUGUUCUUUUCGGGCCAGUCGGUAACAGGACGAGUUAAGGUUACCUGUGACAAGCCAAAAUACUGUCGAGCGAUUGAAGUAGAGUUUCAAGGGUAUGGAAAAGUCCACUGGACAGAAAGAAGCAAAGCUCAGCGGAAUGGCAAACAAAGAACAAAGACUGUCCAUUUUAAAAGCAGUGAAAGAUAUUACUUAAUGUCGUACAUCGUGUGGGGUAAUGGCACCACGGAGUCAGAGCUCCCCCCAGGCACACACCUCUUCAAUUUCUCCUUCCUCCUUCCUCAUGGAAUUCCAUCAUCCUUUGAAUCACACAUUGGCAAAGUGCGUCACCAGUGCAAGGCUAAAAUGGAUAUACCGUGGAAAACAGAUAAGGUUUCGGUGAAAGCUUUCUCCGUCAACACCUUGUAUGAUCUGAACACGGACCCUCAGGCUAAGGUGCCAAUAGAGUGUAGCAAACACGACUAUGCUUGCUGCCUCUUUUGUCGAAGUGGACCAAUGUCCCUGGUGCUCCGCAUUGAUCGCUCAGGUUUCGUUCCUGGGGAGAAUAUUAUUAUAAAUGCUGAGUGUUCCAACAUGACCAAUGUCAAGAUUGACUACACAAAAGCAGUUGUGCAUCAGACCAUAACCUACCAUGCUGAAGGGAGAAAGAAGAAAGACCAUCGUAAGGUUGCUGAGCUCAAGCGCUUGGAAAUUCCGCCCGGAGAGGAUGAUAACUGGAGCAACGUUGAGAUGUUGAUUCCAGCGCUGCCUACCUCACACCUACAAUUCUGCAACCUGAUUGACAUUGAUUAUGAACUCAAGUUUGAAAUGUCCCCCUCUGGAUGCCACAUGGACCUAGAACACACAGCUCCUGUAAAGAUUGGCUCUAUACCUCUAGUGCAAUACUUUAGCAACUUUGUUCAAGGACCACCUGCAAAUUCAAGCCAGCCCAUCAUUCUGGCUCCCGGUCAGCUUCCUGUGCCAGGUCAAACUCCAGUGUCAGGUCAGCCUGUCAUUCCAGGUCAGCCACCAGUGCCUGCUUAUUCCCCUCCUGGACAGCCCCCAUUACCAAAUUAUUCUCCAGCACUAGGACAGCACCCAGGGCCUGACCUUGCUCCUGUACCAGGUCAACAGCCAAUGCCAGGUCAGCCUCCAAUGAUGAAUUCUCCAUUAGUACCAGGACAAGCUCCAUUACCUGGUCAGCCUCCAUUUCCAGGUCAACAACCAUUGAUAGGUCAAGCACCUGUGCCUGGUCAGCCACCAGUACUAAGUCAACCACAAAUGCCAGGUCAGCCUCCAGUGCCUGGUUAUGGUACUGGACCAAGUCAGUCUCCAGUGUUGGGCUUUGCUCCACCCGUACCAGGUCAGCAAGCAGUCCAGAUGCCCUCUUACAAUCCAGCCCAGCCUAGCAUACCGGGGUCCUAUGUGGAUCAGAACGCUUCGCCAUACAACCCGAACUUCCAGCCAGCGUCGUACCCUGUACCAGGGUCACCAAGAUUUCCAGGAGUCCAAUAUUAUCCUCAAAUGCCCUUACCAACAUACAACCAAUGUAUGUUUGGAACGACCAGCAUUGCAGAGAUUGAUAGUGAUGUUGAUGAGGGACAGAAUCAUAAUGAAAUUGGAUUUGCACCUCAUUAUAUAUCCUAUAGUCUUAUUAACUCCAAGAGGCUCCAGUCAGCUGCUUCUGUGGGGGAUACUGGAGGGGGCAUGGAUGGCAUAACCAGUGGAGUGAGCGACCUACACAUUCGUCGUGAUAGUGGGAGCAGUGGUUCUAGUGGAGAUCAUUAUCGUGGAGGGCACCAGGCACAUAACUGACUACAGAAGAACCUAAUAAAGGAAUAGCAUUCCUUUUUUUGGCAGUAUGGGAUGCACCACUGAUUGUUCACCAUCAUGAGCAUCACUCUAACUCAGACUCGGACAACGAGAGACCAGCUGAGGCAGCGCUGACGAAAGACACUGACACCAAAGACACCAAGACCAACACCAAUGACAUAGAUACCAGUGAUAAAGAUACUGAUGCCAACAAGGAUACCGACAACAAUACUAGUGAUGCGGAUACCAAGGAAGAGGAACUUAAAACUGAGGAGAAAGUAGAAGAUGAUGGAGAAUCUGAGGAGAACAAAGAAUAAUGUCAUAGUGGUCAAUGUAAUACAGUAAGUUGGUCUUUAAAAUGACAAGAGUUUUACUUGAACUCUUUUGACACAAAUAUUUACUGGUGUUUAUAGUGUGUGCUAUUUGUUAUUAUGUUGUAAUAUGAUUUAAUCGUAAAGGAAAAUAUUAAGUUUAUCUUGAUAGGUUUCUUAGAGUAGGCUAUGUAAAAGAUUGAUAAUUUCUGUUUGUUUGAGACUUGUUUUUUUCAUAUUGCUCAUAACUUUAUAUAAUGUUAACCCAAACUUUUGAUUGUUCUGACUUUACCUUAGUACAAUUAUAUAUAAAGUUUUAAUCACACUCAUUCAUACUCACUCGCACACUCACAUGCACAGGUACAGGCACUCACACACACAUGCACGCACAUGUGGACGUGUGGGCUGGCAUGUGGACUAGUGGGCGGGCAUGUUGGUGUGUGAGUGGGCAUG